AGAAACUCUGAUAUAAUAGACAACUUCAGGUCUUUGCAACAGCUUCAUUGAACAGUUGAUAGGAAUAUCAAAGGAGUGUGGUCUCCAUUGUUUUUUUUUAAAUUAAUUCUUGGAAGCAGUUUACAAUCUUUCCAAUCCAUAUUAAUGCAAAGAUGUCAUCAUACCCGUAUGAUUACCAUGAAGGAACAAAUUUGCUGACGAAUCCGGAUCCUAAUGGUUAUUACGUUAACCAUAAUCAUCACAUGAGGAAAAUUUACAUUAACAAGAACUUUACGCCUCACCAAAUGCCUGUUAACGUGCACGUUAAUCCAAAUUUUAAACGGCAAGUUCACAUCAAUCCGAAUUUUAAUGGAAACGUUCACAUCAAUCCAUCCGUACUGCAGAACAGCAAAACCAAUGUUCUGCAGCCGACUGUAAUCCAGAAGGCAAGUAAACCUGAAUUUAUAGUAAACACAAACACGAAAAAGGUGAAUGUUGCUCCUGUGAUAAAGAAGGUGAACAAACCUGAUUAUAUAAUUAAUACUACGACGAAAAAGAUCAAUGUACCUAUAGUUGCAAAAGCACCCAAACCAAGUCUACCUGAAUAUCUUGUAAAUACGAAUACAAAGAAAAUUAAUGUUGCUGUGCAGAGCUACAGUCAACCCAAAGUGAUUUUAACGCAGAACAAGUUCAUCAGAUUACCUGCCAUCCAAAAGAAAGUUAUCAGAACCAAGUACAAGUUGAUUCGUACGAAUGUCGCCGCGAGAUCGCCGAAAUUGCAAACAAAGUUCAAGUUGGACUACAGGAAAAAGCAACAGGUUGACGUCAAUCAUGGACUUAUCAGCAUGUUUAAACUGGACAGGAGGUUCAUUGAUCCGAACAAGAUUAUCAGGACUAGAUACAAGCUGAUCAAGGCGCAUAUGAUGAACUUGAAUCCACGACGAGAGAUAAUUAAACCUAAACUGAUUACAAAGAAGGCGCCGCUCUCUAGGUUCAUCAAAAUUAGAGGACGCGUCUUCAAAUUCAGCACAAACUACCAAAGUCUUCAUCUGAUAUCAACAAGUACAAAUUACUACAGGAAACUUAGCCAAAUAAUUAUCAGAGGUUCAACAUAUGUGCAAAAGGACGCUAAUACUUAUGUUAAAUUCAGAAAAUGUGAUAGUGUUAAAUUGAAUAAGGCUGCUCUGAGGAAGGACAACAUGCCCUGUGUGGUGUUCAGAAAGACUGGGGUCUGCCAAAAGUACAAGAUGGGUAAAUGUUUCAAGAGACAUAACAAGGAUCAGAUCAGAAUCUGCAUUAAGUUCCUGCAAGGCGCUUGUGUUCGUCUGGACUGCCCGCUCUCGCACAAAGUAUCGUCCGAGAAAAUGCCCACCUGCAAAUUCUAUUUGGAAGGAAAAUGUAGGAAGGACAACUGCCAAUAUCUGCACGUGAAGCUGAGCAAGGACGCGAAGAUCUGCCAAGACUUCCUCCAAGGCUUCUGUACCUUGGGAAGAGACUGCGUCAAGAAGCAUCAAUUCAUCUGUCCGAAUUUCGAGGCCGAUGGAAAGUGCAAUGAAAAGCAGUGCCCCUACCCUCAUGGAAGUGUGGUAAGACUUUAUAAGCAUAAGUUGGUGAACAAAAUUGUUAGAAGCACACGGGUCAAAAAGGUAGAGCAAUUAGCGAAACGAAAACGCGUCGAUGUCGCGAAAAAAGUCGAAAAGGUCGAGGUCGCUAGGUACUAUGCGGGUGAUACUAUUGAUGACUGUGAUGAAGCUGUUGGUGAAGGCAAGAGUUUUAUGGAUAGACCGAAGGUUGGAAAUUUACCUGCUUUCAUACCUUUCGAUGAAUAACGUUCGGGUUUCUCCACACACGUAUGUGAUUUCGAUGAUGAUGAUAAUAAGUGCUUUUAACAAUUUUUCUAUA